UUCGAUGCGUCGAAUUGGAAACAUCGACGUCUCCGAUGCAUCGGUUAACAUCGCGAUCCCUAAUUCAUUUUGACAAUUUAUGAAUUUUGUCGAGAAAAAGGAAAAUAUUAACUUUUAAGGGAAUAUAUCAUAAAAAUGAGCUCCCCGACUGUCAAAAAUAAUAACGAUGUAAGCGUUGCAAAGCAACGGAAGUCUUCCAAAACAAAUUCAACGACGAAAUCUACUAACUUAGAUACCCGUGCAGAAUUGGCGGACCUUAUCAAGAAAAAGGCGGAGACAUCUGAGCAACUGGCUAAUCUAGAAAGACAAAUUUAUGCUUUUGAGGGAUCAUACCUUGAAGAUACGCAACUAUGCGGCAAUAUUAUACGUGGUUGGGAGCGAUACCUAACUUCCAAUAAAGCCACAAAUUCCAAAGCAGAUAAAAGGAAUCGUAAAUUCAAAGAAGCUGAAAGGCUUUUCUCAAAAUCAAGCAUUACAUCCAUGGCUAUAUGCAACCCUGAACGUGCCAGCGAAUCAGAUUCUAUAACGAAUGAGGAUUCGAGUGACAAUCAAAUAGCUAUGAACCAAAACACAACAACAGCACACGAUGGAACUGCAUCGAUAAAAAGUACCGGUAAAGAAGAAAAAAACCGGGCAGUGACACCUACUCCCCAGCGGGAUGUUUUAAAGGAUCCCAACACUCCGAGCGGAAACACAAAUUCAAAGAAUAAGCUCUCUGGUAAUUCAAGUACUAUAUCAGCUAAAAAAAGCGGACAUAUUAACAAAAAAAUUAAACACCGAUGAUUAAGAGGAAAUCCGGGUUACUUCCGCAACACAUAGCACAACUUCUUGAUGUCAACAUUUU